AUGGGUAAGGCAGACGCCAAUGCCAACGCGUCCUACUCUCAGGUCCACAAGAGGUUCAUCGAGAGUGGAGAAUGGGAUCGCAUUAUGACUGUGAUGUCGUCAAAGCUUAACGACAGCGGAUGGAUUGACGAACUACAUGACCAGGCCAAAGAGCGUGCACGAACACUUGAGCAGCCUUCCUUCCAGACAAUUCUUGAAGAACUUGGACCCCAGGGCCUUAACUCCGUACCGCUGGCAGUCAAGCGCGACAUUAUGAACUUGAUCCGUCAAUAUGUCGAGAAGCAGGUCGACAAGUGA